AUGUGGACCUCAACUUCAAAAAGGGGGUUGUUAAAUCGAUCCACCAGGAACUUGGUUAGAUUUAACUCGACUAAGAAAGGUGAUGCGGAAAGCAAAUCAGUGCCUGAGUUUAACUUGAAUGAUAUUUUCAAAAGAAUUGACCAGGUUACAUCCAAAGCAGCUGAAUUAAGCAAACAAAGACAAUUGGGAAAGUCGCCUCAGGGUUCAAAGCCGAGAUCUGCGAGACCUUCUCAAUACAAAUUCAAGUCGCAAGGUAAUACCCAGCAAGGGCCGAGCAAUCAACAAAGACAACAACGUCCUUUUCGUGCCCAAAACACCAAACAACAACAAGACCCAACUUCAACCCGUCCGUUUCGUUUCCAAAGUCAAGAAAAUGGAACAGCAAACAUUCUUCGAGGCAAAUCGAGUUCCCCACAGGGAACCAGAUUCCGCAGACCUCAAGGAGAAUUUAAUAAACAAACCCAACAAUCACAAUUUGUCAAUCAAACGAAUAGCCAAGAAACAAAUCAUGGAUUUUAUAGACAAAACCAACGUGUUACACCCUUCAACUCAAGCAACGCCACAGUUGGAGAAGUUUCAGAAACAUCUCGCCCUUCAAAACUAUUUGAGCCACUUGGGUCAGGAUUUCAAAGACAAGAACCAAGAGGAAAACCAUGGCAAAGUCGUGGCGAAGCUACUAGAAACGGCGAUAACAAAUCUGCAUCCAGACCAUUUAAAAGAAGACCUACUGGUGGACAAGGGAGAAGAAGAGAUGGUAGACCAGGAAGUGACAAACCAGCAAUUGCUGCACCGAUUGAAUCGAAAGAACUAGUUGCUGAACCAUUGAAACCAACUUUGAAACCGGAGCAGUUCUUUUACGGAAAAGUUCCAAGUAUAGUUUCCUCAGUUAGCUCAAGGGUGGCUUCGGUUGCUAAAUUGUCCUUAUUGGACUCAAAGUAUCCAUUUAAUAUGCCCAAACACAUCAUUGAAAUUGCACCUUCUUCAUCUCAAAACAGAUUCAUUUUACAAAAGAAUUGGAAUUUGGAUCCAAAUCAAGAGGUGUUGAAAAAUAGGAUUAGCAGCGUUGUUUUGGGUCAAGUAGACACUAUUGAUUUAAAGGGUAAUAAAGAUGCUGCUGCCUUGCAGGUGUGUCAUGAUAUUUCCAUCAAUCCUACAUUACAUCUUCACCAGAGGCAACAAAUGUUUGACACCAUUCAUUCAUUAAACACCAUCAAGACAAUUUUUAAAGAUGCUCAUUGGAGGAAAGCUAGGAAGUAA